AACCUCGAUCUUCCACCUUCAAUAGAAGAUACCCUUUUGAAGAUAUCCAUGUUUGAACUUUCAAGAGUAUCUCCACUCAAGGCAUAUUCCUUUCCUUCCAUUCUCUCUCACUGGUUCACAUCCAACCACAUGGACCCAAAUUCACCUUUCAUCUCUGUCUACGACGUCGUCACCCUAUUCCAACCCAUCAUCAUCGUUAAUUCAUUAUCAUCACCAAAUAUAUCUUCAAUUUCACUGCUAGUGACUGGAGCUGUGUGAGCUCCAACAAUGUCUGUAGCGCCUGUUUUACCACGCGGAUAUUUCUUAAACCUUCGCACACCCAGUCUACGAUGUGGUAGUCCUACACCCAUUACACACUUUUGCUGCUUCAAUGUCCGUCGCAGGUUGUCUGCAAACGAGAAUGUAGUAGUUGCCCAUGUUUCUCAACUCUUUGGAAGCAGAAUUAGAUGCUUUAAGCAAGAAGGUGCGGAAAAUUUUGAGGCUGUAAAACCUAAGAAUAUACCAGAACCAGAUUCGCAAGAUAGCUUCGUUAAUGAGGUGCAAAUAAAAGGUAAAGGGGGGCAUAACAAGACAGAAAUCUCCUUCCUGGCAAUGAUAGCAAUUGCAUUGGGCAUAGCUGUAAUAGCAACAUUAGCUUCCAUUGGCAACAAACCUAUUCUUGGAUCAACGUUUCGUCCACAGAUUCUAGCAGAAGGUUCUUCCUCUUCAGCAGUCGCCCCCGCCCCUGGUGGUUUUGCUUUCAAAUUUUUUGGAUACAGCGUCAUACUUCCUGAAUAUGCACCAGGAUGGGUCUACUUUUGGUUGCUUAUGGCUGCAGGCUGUGGACUUUUCAUUAGUGAAGAGGCUUUAAAUAUUUGGGUUGGUAUAUCAAUAGCAAGGCUUCUGUCUCUGGAUGGAACAUGGCAGUCUUUGGCAGAAUCUUUCUCAAGGAACGCUUCGUACAUCAUAUCAACUGUUCUAUGGGUUUACUGGGGAGUGUGCAUCAGUGACCUGAUACCCUUUUACUUGGGGAAGCUUUUCAGACAAUCUGGUGUAUCUGGUGAUGUUUCUUCAAAGCUAGGAGUUGGCAAAGAAAAAGCUUUGGAGAUCACAAAUGUUGUACAAAAGUACGGCAAUCUUGUUGGUUUUGUUGAACGAUUCUCUCUUGGAGUGAGAAACCCUACAGCUUUUCUAGCAGGCGCCUUGGGUAUUUCUCCAAACUAUUUUUUUGCAGGGGUGUGCUGCGGGGGUCUGUUCACACUUCCCAUUCAGCUUGGAAUAGGAUUCCUUUUGAGGGAACGCCCUAUGUUUGCUCUUGCUACUGUGGCAACUGUUGUGGGGUUUUGGACUAUUUUCCCAUAUGCUGUGGCUGCUUCAACUGCUUUAUUCUUUUACCUCAGGCGGCGUUACUUGUCCUAGUGCUUGGAAUGCUUUAUAAUAUUUAGAAAUAUUGAUUCCAAAUAUGUAUAUAAGUGAUCUUUAAAGUUAAUUCAUCUAUUUGUUGAACCUUUUCCUGCUUAUAUAUCACGAAUAAUGUUCUCUUGA